UAGACAACAGAGAUUCAUUUGUUCUUACUCGGUUGACAUUAGUUAUUGUUAAGACGUGGCAAGAGUCAGCAUGUUAUUAAGAGCAGUGAUAAUUUGUUGUGCAAUAGUUGUGAAUGCGGAGCCACCUCUUAACAGCUAUUCUUUUACCAGAAAUAACAAUGGAUAUGAUCUUAGUAACACCGUUACUAAUAAUGCAUACUUACGAUCUAAGAAUAGUUAUCAAAACGAUGGAAAUUUUUACGGUGCUGGAGACGGCAAUCACAAAUUAUCCGACGUCAGCAGCCACUCAUUAAUCAAUGUCGGCAAUCAGGCGGGUAGUAUAGGAAGCGAUAUUGGAAGCAAUUAUAACGGAUAUACCGCGAGUAAUCACAGAGAUGAAUACACAGGAUAUUCCAAUAUUUACGAGAAUCCCAACAGCGAUUCUUACACCUCGUCUACUCGUACAGCAACUAAUACACUGUUUAGUGGAUAUUCUAAUCCUAACAACAAUGCGGAAUCAACUUUGAACGCGUAUUCCAACGAUCCAAUUCACAAAGAUUCCGAUUUUGGCCAGUACACAGCUAGUAGUAGCAGUAAUAGUAAAAAAGUACCCGCUUAUUCUGAAUUUUCCAACGCAGCAAUAGAAAAUUACUCCGGAGAUUCCGUUAAUAGUGACUUACAAGGAUAUCGCGGUUCUUCUGGCUCCUCAAGUUACUCCGAAAGUGAUCAAGUAUAUCCCUCUUAUUUGUCAGGUGGUUUGACUAGCGAAUACCCAUUUGGAAAGCAGAAAGACAUCCCAUACAACUUAAAAGGCAGCAACAAGUACAGUGAUAUCUUCUCUUCGAUACCAUUCGCGCCCGACACGCGCUUCACACGGGGAAAUACGGGAUACGUGAGCCCUAAUCAAGAUGUUCCAUCGUAUAUCUCGGCUUCUAGACCGAACAGUUACUUCUCGAAGGCACCUAGUUCUGCUAUUUACUCCACAGGAAAACCGAAUAAAUAUUACAAGUAUUUAUCUCGCUACGCUCCGAAUAGCGGCGUAACUUACUUGUCGAGAGAACGCGAUGGUUAUCACGUUCCUUACGGUAAAGAUAGUAGAAAAAUCAUUAUAAUUAAAGACAGCAGGCCGCCGAAUUACAGCAGUCGUAUUUACUCCGAUGAGUCAUCUUACGCUGGUAGUAGUGGUUACAGGAGUAAGAGCGGCGGUUUCAUGAAUGGUUAUUCCACUUCACCGAAUUUUGAUGCAUAUAGUGGCAGUAGUAGUAAUUAUAAUGACAAUCCCACUGUGUCAAGACGAUAUAGAAUUAGCGGUAAUCCAAUGCUCGUGAAAAGGGCUAUUUCUAUUUAAUAUUUUUAUAAGGUAAUAUUUAAAA